UGUAUUUCCGGUUCCGAUAUCUCAACACACGCGAGACAACCUUGACUAGAACGACAGCAUUGCAGGAGAAGAAUACUAUCAUGGCAAGCUCAAUGCGAAAUUCAUUGUUGAAGUGUGCGGUCAGUUACAAUACAAGAUCACAGCUUCCGUCAGUGUUUGCAAAAUCAAAACCUAAGUUUUACGCGCACAUUUCUAAAGAUGCGUAUACUAGAAAUGUUGUAUCGAUGUCGUCAUCCAUGCUCAUGACGUUGAGACGAAAUGAUCAGAUGUGCCGAGUACACAGAAUUGAACAUACAGCAAAAGUGCACACAGAACUUGAUGCAAAAUUAAGUGAAUUCAUCAAAGAUGAACUCUCAAAAGAAAAAGAGUCAGGUGGAGAGUUAAAGGCAAAUGGAGUUGAAGGCUGGAAAGUGGAGACAGAUGGAACUGGGGUGAUCUUAACGAAGUCAUUCAAGGAUGAAAGCAUAAAGGUGGAGUUUGAUGUGAACGACACUGUUGAUCAGUACCCUGAGGGGCUGUAUGAUGACCCUCAACAGGCUGAGGCAGAGUCUCCUGCAUUGGUGUCCAAGCCACCAUUUGAAGUUGAGAUCAAAAAAAAGUCUGGCCGUACAUUAACAUUUAUGUGUGAGUUCAGAGAGCAGGAGAUGGAAGGACAACCAGAGGAGGAGGAAGGCGUUGAAGAUCAGUUUGACAUAGUUGAAAUGCGGGUAGAUCAACCCUCUGAUGGAGUCACCAAGGAGAACUUCUACUCUCACAGUACAUCAUUUAUGGAGGGGGGUAAGAAGCAUUUGUUUAUAAAUUUAUCCGAAGACAUCAGUUGA